GUAUAAUUAACAAUGUAUCCACGAUCAUCAAAAUCGAAUCAACCUAAGAGUAAAAAAUAAAAAAGAAAUUUGUUUAUGGCUUUAUGUCAAAGCGAGGAGACAGAGAGAGAUUUCGGCCAAAAAAAGCAAAGAUUUUACGUGUAUAAUUACCCAUGUAUCCAUUUAACUAUCCCUUAAUUAUUUGUUCCUUUAUCCUUCGCAGAGUCAGCUUCUUCGAAAUUCCCUCUCCAUCUCCUCUCUGCGUCUCGUUUUUUCCACUUGUGGGCGGAGGGAAGAAGAAAGUUGACCCUUCCAGAGAUCUAGCGGGGGAAAGGGCUUUGCUUUACGUUCUUCGUUCAUUCCUCUCAGCGGAAAAUCUGAAAUCAACCCAAAAAAUCCCAGCCUCCAAAACCAAAGAACAGGGAAGAAAUCAAACCCAGAUUUAUCAUUCCUUUAGCUCCCCCCAAUCCCCAUUUUCUGAUCUUUUAAGAUCUUGCCCAGGUUUUCUCAACCCCCAUCGUAUUCAAUGAAGGAGGCCAAAUACACCGCCGUUCCCAAGAACUCGUAUGUGGAAUUGCAAUUGCACAACGACUCUGAAAACCCAGUUUCCUCCCGAAAAGCCCACUCCAAAUUGCACGCCUACGAGGAUGGUGCUAAUGUAGAUCCCCAUUUUCGAAAUGUUCAUAGUUUGGAUGACGACGACGGCGCCGACGACGAUCUGGAUAUCGACGAUUACCCGUUCGUCGUCUCCAAACCGGGGAAUGGGUCUGGAAUUUCCGGGGCCGUUUUCAACCUCACCACAUCAAUUAUCGGCGCUGGGAUCAUGGCAUUGCCUGCUACGAUGAAUGUUCUUGGAUUGGUUGUAGGGGUUGUGCUCAUAUUCCUAAUGGGUCUUCUUUCCGAGGUAAGUGUUGAGCUGCUGAUCAGGUUCUCGGUGCUCUGUAAGGCUUCUUCUUAUGGUGAAGUUGUGCAGUGUGCUUUAGGGAGGACGGCCAAAGUCCUCUCUGAAAUUUGCAUCAUUGUGAACAAUGCAGGGGUUUUGGUUGUGUAUUUGAUAAUCAUAGGGGAUGUUAUGUCUGGAUCUCUUCAUCAUGUUGGGGUUUUUGAUCAAUGGCUUGGACAUGGGGUGUGGGAUCACAGGAGAUUGGUAAUCUUGGUUGUCUUGGUGCUUCUUCUUGCCCCGCUUUGUGCAUUGGACAAGAUUGAUUCUUUGACCUUAACUUCGGCUGCUUCAGUUGCUUUAGCCAUUGUUUUCGUCGUUGUUUGCUUCACCGUUGCAGCCAUUAAGUUGAUUGAAGGCAAAAUUGAAACACCUAAGAUGGUCCCUGAUUUUACCUCAGAAAAAUCCAUUCUGGAUCUCCUAGUGGUGAUUCCUAUCAUGGCAAAUGCAUAUGUUUGCCAUUUCAAUGUUCAGCCGAUAUAUAAUGAACUCGAAGGGCGGACGCCUCAGAAGAUGUACCGGGUUGGGAGGAUCACAACCGUUCUAUGUGUUGCAGUCUAUGCUUGUACUGCAAUAUCAGGUUAUUUGCUUUUUGGAUCAGGAACAGAAUCUGAUGUCUUGACCAAUUUUGAUGAGGACCUUGGGGUUCCUUUCAGCACUGCUUUGGAUUACAUAGUUAGAGUUGGGUAUGUUCUUCAUUUGGUUCUUGUUUUCCCUGUGCUUCAUUUCUCACUGAGACAAACUGUGAAUGACUUGGUAUUUGAGGGGUCAGCUCCAUUGACAGAGAGUAGGAAGAGGUGCUUGGCAAUGACAGUUGUUCUACUUGGGUUGAUUUAUUUCGGUUCGACGAUGAUCCCAAACAUUUGGACGGCCUUCAAGUUCACAGGGGCAACGACAGCUGUUUCACUUGGGUUUACAUUUCCAGCUCUGGUUGCAUUGAAGCUAGGGCAAAGAGGAGCAGAAUGUUUGACCCUGAAAGAGAAGUUUCUAGCAUGGCUGAUGCUGGUGCUUGCUAUCAUAGUUAGCAUUGCUGGAGUUGUUGGAAACAUAUAUAGCCUGGAAAGCAAAUCGGACUAAUCAACUGUGUUCUAUGGACAUAUUAUAAGGGUGGUUUUUACAACCUGGCCAUAGGAGGAAAAACCGCCAUGCACGAGUUUAGUUGGAGUUAGUUUGUCUGACAUCUUUUUGUAUGAUUUUAUCCUGAGAGGUGAAUAUACCACGGCAGGUGCUCUCUACUAUUGUUUGUCAACGAUACCUCGUACUCUGCAGGUUUUGUUGCAGGCUGUAAUACCGAAUAUUGGAGGAGACCUCUGCACAAUGUAACAUCGUGCCCUGUACUAUUGUUUGUCAAAGGGGAUGCACUUCUACCAGCUUCAUGGUAUUUGAUGGAGAGUUAGAAAGUCAUCACUGUGGUAGACACUAGAAUGCACCCAGGAGAAGAAAUGCAGAAGGAAGAAGAGAUAUGUAUUUCUUAUGAAAAAGUUAGGAAUUCAGUAUUGGCCGUUGCCUAUAUAUACACUAUUUGUCAGGUGCAUUUAGAAUCCAUAUAUUCUGAGAGUUGGCUCUCUAGUCAACUAUGUAUCUUAUAUUAACUGCAGUCUGCAUACAAUAAAGAAAGUAUCACGCU